CCUCUGGCUGCAGAUCACAGCAACAAUGUAAACACCGUGGAACGGGGCACAGAGCAAAAGAAAUAACGUCCAGGACGAAGACCAGCAUUUCCGGGGAUGCCUUCCUUCUUCGACUUCCAGCAAGGCCGUGAUUCCCACCGUGCGACCAGGGAGAGCUCACCUCUCCUCGGUCGAUUUCGAGCUGUGCCGGACACGCAUCGCAGCGGGAGGAGGAGGAAUAGUUUGCUGCCAAAUUUGGGUUCAGGACUGGGAAUAUAUGGUGGGCUCUUUGGAGGGAGUAGGGAAGGCUUGGUAGAUGGAGGGAGCGAAGUAGACAGUUCAGACGACGAAGAGGGCGCCAUAAGGCGGUGGACGAGGAAUUCGAAGGAUAUAUGGCUUGAGCCCAAGCAGGCUGCUGUUGCGAGGGUGGUGGAUAAAUGGUGGACGAGAUGGGCCGUGUUGAUUGUUAUGCCGGCUGCUUUGGUAAGUUUACCAUCACAAUAUCCCACAAAGAACCUCUCGUUUCCCAGUAUCUAUGAGUGCAAUGGCUAACACGAAACGCUAGGCUGUUGCGUGGUGUGCCAUUCCAAUUCCCAAAUACGAGUUGCCGGACGACGACGAUUGGGUUCCACCUGUUGACCCAGGGGCCUCUGGACAUAAGAUACCUGGACAUGGAGAACCACGGGUCGAGAUCAACUUUUGGUUCUUCCUGUUUGUUUACUACGGCUUCUACAACAUCACGGCAUUGAUAUGGAUCACAAAGGUCUUCAACAUCUACAGUUUGAAUUGGUGGCCGCAGAGCUUGGGACUCCCCUUCACAAUAUCUGCAAUAGCAGUGAUCUCGAUCGUGGUUCCAAUACCUGUCUACUAUUUCCCGGAAACGAGGUACUUGACGAACCACAAUACCACUUGGAUAUGCUGGACUUUUUUCACAAUGGCUAUGCCUCUUUUGAUAGCCUUUGCAAUUCUCCUUAACCACGAACGUCACCUUGGACUUCGCCAAUCUCUUUCCGAGACGCAGCGAAUUUUUACUUCUUCCUGGUGGACCGGUGAUGAAAAUACAAUGAUUGCUCGAAAUCGCCCCAGAAGAGCCCCGGUAACGCAAACUCAUUUUGAUCCGAAUGCCUCCCUUGAAGUUGCCCUUGCAACAGAUCCCACAGGUAGAGAACGAUUUAUGAGAAAACGUUGGAUUCCAGCUAGUUUUGUGAGGUUUAUCUGGUUUUGCACCGCCUUAUUCAUCGGAAUGAUGGCAUAUGUGUUGGGAGAGGCGUAUGCCGAGGUGUAUCUACGAACCCUACCACACAAUACUUUGCACACAAUUCUGUAUGUAUACAGUUGGGUUGUGACGGUUCAUUUGCUGGAUGGCUUGGUCGGAUGGAUCCUUGGUGGUGACGAGGGCGAGAGGGUAGGCAGUUACCCUCUCGGUUGGAUUUUCAAACUGUGAGUAUCAAAUUCCCCAUAAUCAAUCGAUAGUGCUAAUACCCUACAGAUACUUUGCCUUGACAUAUCAGACAUACGUUCGCGCCCUAUAUGCUCGUCUUCGAUCACCGGAGCAAUUCAUAUAUCUUCAAAUCCUAUCCUCCACAUUCCUCAUAAUAUUUCUACCUCUCACGAUCUCCAAACCCUUCCACUACAUCCUAAAGCUACUAUCACUCAACGGCCAAUCCCUCCCGGCCUACCAAAAGUUCUGCGCUAGGAACGUUUUCAUCCGCGGAAUCGCAGAAAACGUCUCCAUGCUCGCAUUCCUAGGUUCCAUCCUAGUCCUACACUACGGAAACAACAAAGACGUCUACCCCUACUUCGCCUUCGAACAAGAACCCUCACUCCCUCUGCCCGAUGGCGGAAGUCUGCCUAUCGAUGGGGGAGAACGGUAUAAUUUCCGACUUACCCUCUGGGCUUCCAUGGUGACCUGGGGGUGUGAGACUACUGCAGGUUGGGUAUUAAGAAGAAUCCUUUGGCUUGGAUGGAGUAUUGAUGUUACCGGGGAGGCGAAGAAGGAUAUGGGGUUGCUCCCCGAAUUGUUGCCUACGGGUGUGGUGGUUAUGGUUCAUGUGCUGCAGAAUAUGAUUUUUUCGAUUGCGAGGUUGAGGUUUCAUGCAUGAUUGAAUAAUGAUAGACGGGAUGGGUAAUUGGGGUCUGGAUUUGAGCAUUUUCUUCGAGCAUGGAGUUGGUGGAUUUGGUUUUUGGGGGAACUUUUUUUGGGUGGUUGUUGCUGUUGUUAUUGUUAUACCCGACGUGUUUCCCCUUUUUUUGCGUAGAUAGUAUGAUGCCAUUAUAUAAUGAACCGAAAUUAUGUUUCCUUCCCUCCUUGUA